ACAUUUUCAAAAGGUUCAAAUUAACAUUUCAAACUACUUCUUUGUUUCAAAACUUUACUAGACAAGACUAUAAAAUGUAUGGAUUUAAAAGACAUUUCCAUCAUUUUAAAGACUAAAUGCCGCGUCAAUUUUGAAAGCUGACUGUAUUUUUCUUCGGUCAACACACGAUUCGCUUUUUGUUUGUUCUUUUAUUUUGUCAAAAGCCCGGAAACGACACGCUCUCCACAUGGCUAACUUUAUGAUGCUAUAAAAACACGGCGCAGAGCUGGAGACGUUGCAACAUUGUCAAGAUGAGAAAAGAACAACCAUUCAAACGGGAGAGGAUCACAGUGACUGAGCUUCACCACUUUCUCCUACGACCCCCAAACGGCUUUUCGGUGGAAAGCACCCCACUCCACACAGUCAUCCGCGGGGACCCCGACAGCAGCCUGCUGCUGGCCGACCCCUGCGACACGUCCGCGGGCCGCGUAGUCUUCCACGGAUCACUGGGCAGGAUCAUCAAAGUGACAGACUUGUGGCAGUACAGCAACUUCCGGGGGAACCUGCUGUCCAAAAACAUGUAUAUGCUGGUGGCCACGUGUAUGCCUGAAAGCGCAGAGGUUGUAAAGCGCUACGUCGUGUGCCUGCGCGGUGCUGACCAGAUGGUCCGAUGGCACAUGGAGCGGGGUCUGAACUGGGCCAUCUCGUCAGUGGCGGGUGAGAGCUACGAAGUGGAAGUGGACCUGACCGACGCAUUGAACACGUGGGCAACCCGCAACGUAGCUGGAACCAGACCGCAGUGGCUUGACGCCUCCUUCACGUUAAAGUACCACUCGGAUGCACUCUUUGACUUCCCGCACUGGCUGGGUUUCAGCAAGAGGAAGUUUAAGUUGCAGCUGUCCUGAGUGGCGGCGCCUUGCUCA